UUUGGGUUGCCUAUUUUACCCGUGAUAAAACCGUCAUACGAUUUUCUUCAUUUUAAAAACAAGGUCACGUAUUUUUAGGUGAUUCCACAGUACAAAAUGUUAUCUUUUAGUUGUAAACUCCUAAAAAUUCCUUCUUCUAAUAGAAAUUUAAUUGUAAAUUUAUGCAAAUAUUCUACUAUAAAGGAAACUAAAAUUCAAGUAAAAAAUCAAACGAUAAAUUAUGUGAAAGAAGGAAAUGGUCCCCAUAAAAUCCUCUGUUGCCCUGGUGCUCUUGGAACAAUUUGGAGUGAUUUUAAACCACAAAUAGAGAAGUUAGAUAAGAAUCAAUUUACAAUAAUCGCAUGGGAUCCUCCGGGAUAUGGAUUUAGUAGACCACCGAAUCGAGUUUUUAACAAAGAAUUUUAUAGAAACGAUGCUGAUAUGGCUUUUGAAUUUAUGAAAACGUUAGGGGAGGAUAAUUAUUCCAUUUUAGGGUGGAGUGAUGGUGGAAUUUCAGCAAUGAUUUUAGCAGCUAAAUACCCCCAAGUCUUGCGUAAAUUAGUCACCUGGGGAUCAAAUGCUUACAUUAUCGAAUGGGAAUAUCAACAAUAUGAAAAAAUUCGCGAUGUAAGUAAAUGGUCGGAAAGAAUGCGUGCACCAUUGGUAAAAUUGUAUGGAAAUGAUGGCUUGCAAAAGAUGUGGGGAAGUUGGUGUGAUGCAGUUGGGGAAUUAUACAAAAACGGAGGCGAUAUUUGCAAAGCAGAUUUAGUAAAGAUAAAGUGCCCUACUUUUAUAUUACAUGGUGAUAAAGAUCCUUUAGUAGCACCUGAACAUCCUGAGUUUUUAACUAAAAACAUUAAGAAUUCAUGGUUAUAUAAGUUUCCAGAUGGUAAACACAACAUUCAUUUAAAAUAUUCUGAUGAAUUUAAUGAUUUGGUGACUAAAUUUCUUUUAGAAUAAGAAAUUUGUUGAAAUUA